AUGAAAGGGUUAUCGAACUACAAAUACAUGACACCAGUGCAAUCUAUGAGCUUACCUUACUCUUUAAAAGGGUUUGAUAUAAUUUGUGAAGCCCCAACUGGAAGUGGAAAAACUCUAUGUUUCAUCAUUCCGAUUUUAGAUCAAUCGUACCUUAAACAAUGGAUAAAACUAGAUGGUCUUUUUGCUUUGAUUAUUACUCCUACAAGAGAAUUAGCAUUUCAAAUUUUUUCUUCGUUCAAGCAAUUCACGUGCUUCGAAAUCAGCUUGAUGCUCGCUUUUGGAGGAAAACGCAGCAAGUACGAAAAUACAGUUUUAUCCUCUAUUGGGAUUUUAGUUGGUACACCUGGUAGAGUGUUGUAUCAUCUAGAAAAUUGUGUCAAUUUAUGCACAGAUAACUUGGCGUUUUUAGUUUGUGAUGAAGCUGACAAAAUGAUCGAAUACUCUUUUAUAGACAAUAUAAAGAACAUUGUUAACGUAUUGCCAGACAAAUCUAGGCGACAAAAUCUUUUUUUUAGCGCGACAAUGCGAGGAUCAGUCAGCGCGCUGACUAAAAUCUUUUGUCGCGAAGGAGCUACAAAAAGCAUUUCUGUUGCCGCACUUAAGGAUUCAAACGACACGAACGAGUUAGGAAGCAAAAUCAAGCAUUACUAUUGCGUUGUUGGAUUACAAGAUAAGAUCAAUUUGCUGUAUUCUUUGCUUACCAAGUAUUCGACAAACAAAAUCAUUGUUUUUUUCACGACGAUUAAACAAGUAAGGUUUGUGUUUGAAGCUUUUUCAAAACUCAAAAUAGGAAGUAGACUUUAUCACAUUCACGGAAACCAAAGUCAAACGACACGAAUCGAAAUCUUUGAGGAUUUUAAAAACAAACCAAAUACUACCGUACUAUUUACAACAGAUUUGAUUGGGCGUGGUAUUGAUUUCCCUGCAGUUGACAAUGUCAUUCAUUACGAUUGUCCAGAAAACGUAAAGACUUAUAUUCAUAGGUCCGGACGAACCGGCCGAGGAUGUGACGCGACCGGAAUUUCGUAUUUAUUUUUACUUGAGUCUGAAAUGCGAUUUGUGGACUAUAUUAAAGAAUACCAAAUAAAUAUCCAAAAAUAUUAUCCUAAACUUAAACAAUUAUCCGGCGUAGCGUCUAAAUUGCGUGCUUUACAGGCUCACAACAACGAAACCAGUUAA